CUUCAACCAACACCGGCCACGGCCUCCUCAUAAGCCUCGCCCACUUCCUUCCUUCCUUCCUUCCUUCUCCCCCAAAGGUGAAAGGCCCCAAAGAAUCCCUCGAGGCGGCUGGCCCGAUGCGGUCUUUCUACAGCCUCGCCCUCACUCUCCGCCGCCCUCCGGUGGACGGAGCCCAUCAGAUCCGGCAGACUCCACCCGGCCGCAUUCCGAGCUUCUUGGACCUCACCCAGGUGGACGCGGUCACCGCCGCCAUUCGCGCCGCCAUCACCCGUGGGGCCCGUCCGAUCCCCUCCCUCGGUCCGCGCCAAUCCGACUUGAGCGGCGACGACGACGACGACGAAAGCGGCCACCCUACCGAUCAACACCUCUGGUAUCCACCGAUCCAGUCGCUCCAAGUAGGGGACGCCCGGCUCUUCGUCUCCGGCUCCACGGAGCGGCUCCGAGAACUGGUUCGGCGGCUGCCCGAUCCAACCCUGCGGUGGAGCGCCGUCAGGGAUGCUCUGGAAGACGACGGCCUCUACAGAUUGUCUGAUGUACUUGAGAACCCUUGGAUCCUAAAGGCAGGCACAGAUACCUUUACAGGUCCUUGUGAGUUGACUAAUGAGUCAACGAUGAUUUGGGUCACAAAGCUCAAAACUACCACCAAACUUGUUCAUUUAAGUAAGCAAGAAAUAUAUGAGCAGAAUUGGGAAUCAUGUGAAGAACUAAAAGAAGAAUGCUUUGCUGAGGUUGCCGGGCAAUGUCUGCAGCAGCUCCUAGUUGUCGCAUGUUCAUUCAGUGAUGCAAGAUGGUCCGAUGGUCAUAUUUCGCAGCAGCUGACUGUUUUUGACGCAAUUGUUGAUGUCCUAUUCAAUAUACAAGAUUUGCAUUUCAACAGAUCUGGUGAGAUUGCUGGUAUUGCUAAUAAGAUGGUCAAUGCUUUUGAAGGAGUUAUUCUGGGAACUUCAAAUGACAUCCAUGGAAGCAAUGAAUCUACCAUUCAUCCUGCAACUGAUGUUCUCAUACAAGUCUUGGAUUUUUUCCGUCGUAACAGAGAUAUGGUGCAGCCAAUACUUGAAUCUGGAGGUUACAACACUGAUCCAUGCUUUGACAUGUUUAAUUAUUGGUUAUCCAAACUCAAGGAAAGUGCAGAAAUAAUGUUUGUAGAAAAGGGACAAAGGUACAUAUUCAUCUUGAAUAACAUAUAUUUUGUUUUUCAAGAGAAGUGCCGUCCAGGAUUACUCCUUCCUAAUGUAGUGGGUAAUUUUGAUUCACUGAUCAGGCAAUACAUUAAGAGCUACCUGGAUGAAUGUUGGGUUGCACUUCUGAUAUAUUUGGAUGGAGAAUAUCUGAAGAAGCUGCGCCGUGCAUCUUUGGAUAAGUUCACUGAAGAAUUUUUCAGUAUCUGUGAUCGCCAGAUGACAUGGAAGGUCCGAACUGAGCUUAAAAUGGAAAUGCGAAAAGAGAUUGUGAAAUUAAUUGUUCCAAAGUAUGGGAACUUCUUCAAGGCGCUGCUGGCAAAUCCAAGUCCACGCUGGCCUUCUCGGUUUAAGGUUAUGUGGCCUGCCAAAUCUCAGAAACCAGUGUAUACUGAUAGGCAACUGGAACAGAUUAUCAUGGAAUUGUUUGAAAGAUAGUAGGUAGUUAGUAGGAGAGGGAGGGCACUAGACUUGUACAGGGUUGGUGCAUUUAUUGUUUAACAUUAGCAUUUAGAGAGUAUUGUGUCCGGUGAUCCGGUCGUUUUACCAAAUGGCUCCAUGUAUGUAAUAUUUUAGGUCAUAAGCCUGCUUGCAGUCUUAGCAAGAUUCAGCGCUGGUGUGAUGUAUAGUUUUUUGUUACCUGUAUGUAAUACUACUACAAAGUCACAGUUUUGUUUCUGUACUACAAAGUUACAUAGGACUGAAGAGUUUUUGAACGCCUCUUUA